AUGGCCGAGCGGCUGUCAGAGGAGAAGAUCGCUGAAUUCAAGGAGGCUUUUUCCCUUUUUGACCGAGAUGGAGAUGGUUGUAUCACCACGAAGGAGUUGGGCACCGUCAUGCGUUCCUUAGGGCAGAACCCCACCGAAGCUGAGCUGCAGGACAUGGUAGGAGAAGUGGACGCCGAUGGUAGCGGCACCAUCGACUUCCCCGAGUUCCUCUCGCUGAUGGCGAGGAAGAUGAGGGACACGGACAGCGAGGAGGAGAUCAGAGAAGCUUUCCGUGUCUUUGACAAGGAUGGCAACGGCUACAUCAGCGCGGCGGAACUGCGGCACGUCAUGACCAACCUG